UUUUUUUUUUUUUUUUUUUUAAUACACCGAAUUGCCAUAAACCCCUGCAGCCCCACAGUAUGAAAUUCCAGACGCGAUCAAGGGGAAUCAUCUCCGAAAGGACAACCAUGUCGUUACCUCACUGAGCUGAUUAUUUUUAAAUCGGGGUUUUUGGACGCCGUAGCUGGGUCGCUAUGCACCUGUGUACCGGGCGAUUUUUCUCAAACGGUGACCCGCCGGAAGCCUCGCAGGACGCAUUCGUGGACUUGAACGCUGUAAAAUAUGUACUAUUUAUUGGCACUACAAUCGGGAGUCCGUCGGAUAUUUUUUUCCGCAAAUACUGCACUUCUUUGCUUUUCUGCAAGCAAUCAACAUAUGAAUACUGACUUCCGGAUACUUUUUACCUUGUCGAAGAGCAGAAUGAUCAAAAAUACAACAGUAUUACUUGACGGCGUUUUUUUUAGCCAUGUCGUACGUUUUCUUUGAACUUGUGCGUGGAUGUUUUAUUCGGCUCACAGUUUUAUACCUCCACAUGCUGGAUUGUUUAAACAAGCGGGUUGCAUUGAGUGUUCAUUUCAUAACUGAAAUAUUUCAGCCUUCCGACGAUGUUGAAUGAUGCAAGGACAGAGCAGUUUUAAUGUGAGCUCCGCUGCUGAUUUUAUUAUAUAUUUUUUUUGUACAUCUUGCAGCCCGGCCCCAGAUAAGGGGUAUAUCAGGACCCUGCACGGAUCGAUUCGAUCUCUCUGCCUUAGGUGAUCGCACAUGCAUCCAACGCUGGGAAAAGCGUAACAUCCCUCUUUUCUGAAGUGAUGCGGAUUGUAUAGUGGGAUGGUUUUAAAGCGGAAGGCGGAUCAUGGCACUGUUCCAGUUUCUUUCUGCUAAGUACUCUAUUUACCAGUCUUAUGGUAUGCGCCGUCAUCAUAUACGUGUAAGCAUAAGAAAACAAGCGAGUACACACUUAAAUUCAGCUGCGGCGCUUUUUUCCACCACGUUGAAAAUUGCUCUGCCACCAUCGUUUGUUUUUAUGAAGAAUGGCUGAUUUGACUGAAGCAAACAAGCUGACCAGUGCAUCUGCAAGGGGAGACUUGUCAGAAGUUGAAACAUUAUUACAAAGCGGGGCAGAUGUCAAUAAGGCGAACCGUUUCGGCAGGACGGCGUUACAGGUAAUGAAACUCGGUGUCCCCGGUCUUGCUGAGAUGUUACUUGAAGCGAAGGCAGAUCCGAAUAAGCGCGACCCGGUGAAAGACCUGACGAUCGCUCACGACGCCGCCCGGGGCGGCUACCUGGAAACGCUACAGGUUUUAGUGAAGUACGGCGCCGACGUCAACGCGGUGGACAGUGACGGCAACCUACCGCUGCACCUGGCCGCUCAGGCCGGCUACCGGGAUGUGGUUGAGUUUCUGGAGCAGUGCACGGCGGACCAAGGGAAUACGGCGGAUGACCUGACGCCGACGCACAGCAAAGAGUACAUCCAAGGGCGUAUGCAAUCUCAGAAUUAAAGCGUUUUUCUUUUUUAAAAAUGAUGUUGAGCAGGUGAAAUUGUGGAAAAGAAACCUGCCCUCUCUUGAUAUUGUAUGAACACAUCUAACCACAAAACAAAAAUAAUUUUAUUUGUAUAACACCGAAUUUUACAGUGAGACCCACACACACACACACACAUAUAUAUAUAGUUUGACGUUAUGAAGGCACGUCAUAAUCAUAUUGUUUUCCAGGAUGUUUUCAUUUUUUACAUAUUUCACACAAAGCUUUGUAAAUAACACUUAUAAAAUGUCUGACAGCCAACCCAGCUUUCAGUUGAUUUCAAAUUCACUUUACCCGCCCUUGCUUUGCAUUGUUAUGCGCCAUAUGCUUAUUUAAAUAUGUUUAUUUCGUUUUUAUUGUACAAUUUCAUCCGUUCUAUGGUACGGCUUUUCUUGCAGAACCGCAGUGGCUAAGAGAUGUGGGCUUAUACGUUUUGUUUUGUGUAUUUAUUUGCACUUCUGUUGUAAAUAAUAAGUAUUUUGUCCAUACUGAACUGUGAAAGCAUAGAUAUUAUUAACAUUUUAAUGUGACUUGCAAAUGUUACCAAAGACAAUGCUAUUUAAUGUGUACAUUGUGUGAUUCUUUCAAAACUCGCAAAAAUUUAAAGCAAAAAACUCAUUAAGAAACAGUAUUUCUUUAUCAUGUUGAGUAAACUUCUAUUCGGUUGUCACUGUCAUUUUUAAAUGUAGGCUACCCACAAAACUGAAACCAUGUUGUGUUUUUGUUUUAAAAGAAGGAAUACGUGUUAUUCUAUUUCAUAAUUUUAUAUUGUAAAUUAACAUUUCAUUUUAAGAUAUACUCAUCUCUGUACACUGCAGAGACGGUGAAUUUCUUUAAACAUGAGCGGCCUGUAAUAAACAAUAGGCAAAAUGUUGCUUUAACAUUUUUCAACAACACUGCUGACAGAGUAUAGCAUCAACCGACAAACACAAUACCGUUUUAUUUUUAAUGCCUGCUGCACAGUCGAACGCAACACAGGCUCAAUUUUUGACCGCGCAGUCUGACGGAGACGCAAAAAUGAACUACAUAAUAUCAAACUUUCGGGCGUCUCGCAUGCUGCUUUGAUGGGUACAUGGUCUGACAUUAGUCACAUCUAGACACGAUCGUCAUCUCUACGAUCACGAUCUGCGUGUAAUCGAAGAAAUUACAGCGAACCGGGUACCAGAGACUGCAGAGAUUGUUUUAAAUGCAUAUUUAUAUGCACACCUAUUACCCCAUCCACGGUAAACGCUCAAUUUCGUUUUCAAAACUUUCUACGGCUUUUGACGUCCUGCAGCGUUUUGAUUAUUGGCUUACCAGGUUCAUUGUCUACUGUCAUCAUAUCAAUUUCAGAUUCUUGGAUUAAGCAUUUUAGCCUAUGACGAAUUGCUGCCUGUGUUGUUUAUCAGUGUCUAUAUUAUAGUAAUUUCUUUCUGAUGUUUUGAACACCCCGAGCUUUACAUUUCAGUAUUUGCAUCUCAAAUUAUAAUUAAUAUGUUAAUUAAGAAGUGAAUGAAGCAAGCUAAACCUAGAAGCUCAAAUCCCAUUUCGCUGCUAAAACCAAACCGUUAGGUCGCUUUUCCUUUGGCACCUUUCAAAUUUUGGCGCUUUGUAAUAUUGCAGAGGUUAUGAGCAGAAAUAAAAGGUGUCUUGCAAAAUGUCAAGUCCGUAACCUAUUUGCGUUGCAGGCUAGUAAGCCGUGUUUAGCUUUUUACGAACUUGAGAUAUUAGCGAUCAGAUUUUAAUACAUCAGACACAUCCGACCUCUUCCUGGUUACUUCGGGCAUGCCGAAUACAAUCUCGAUAAUAAAAGAAGCUUGCAAUUCUUAAAAGAGAAGAUCUGGGAACAAAAAAUAUUUGACAGAAGCCUAAUCGUGUACCUAACAGGUCUUAUUAGCUUUACAUUUAAAUCGAUUGUGCUGCCCCACGUAAUUUAAACCCGGAAAGUAUUGUUACAUGAUGAAGUGACCUUCAUAUCGUUAACUUGGAUUACUCACCAUGGUUUCAAAAUGAAAUAAGCUUAAAAACAACAACGAUGGAACACAGGAAAUCUAGAAAAAUGUACUGCAGCGGCCAUUGUCGGCAAUAUUGUCCCAAAAGCCAGAACAAUUUAACAAGUGCGUGUGCGUUAGCAUGUUUACUAUAUAGACGUGACUUGCACUUACGACUCAUGUUAAGUAUGUAAUAUCGGUGGCCAUGCAGGCCGGUGUUUUUGGUACGUGAGAACUUAGAGGAAGCUAGGCUGCUGUCGUUUUUAAUCAAUAAAUAACUGUGAAGAAUCUGAUUGUUGAUAAUGCUAGUAUACCCCGAUAAAACGAUCGACUUCUACUUAAUGAAAAAUAUCUGCUUUUACUCGGGCUUCUGUUAGUAUUAAAACAAAUAAAUAAAACGGUAACAGUAUGCUAGUUAUUGGCGAAGAAAAUUAUAGACAAACAGUGAAGUCCCCACAGUCUUGGUGUAUUAAAGGGCACUUAACCUUACAUUUAAAAUAUUUUUUCCCCCGUUUUUAAGGGUCUUUCUUGUGCUGCACUAAAACUUCAGAGAAGGUAGGGAAAAUGUUGAUGGAUUUUUUUAUAUUGUUUUGUUUGUUUCGAGUUUAGCACAAAGCUUAGACACUAACCCACUUUUGUUCUUUCUUAAAAUAACAAGCUUUUAUUAGUGAUUUAUAAAAAAAAAAAUAGUGAGAAUGCAUUUAAGAUUUAGGAAUAUUUAGCACCAACAAGCAAUAAUGUA